AUGUCCACCUCCAGCGUUAGCGAAGCGUCCGAUCCGUCCAAACUAGAACAGGGUGUUGAGACGCUGAACCCGACGUUCUGUGCUACGUGCAGGAGGCUUUCUAUACUACCUGAGGAUCUGGAUGCCAAAAAAAUUGUCCCCGUUGAGUAUACCUUGGAAGACAUCGCCGAAGCCGCAAAGCGAAAAUGCUUGCUCUGUUGCCACUUCCUCACCUUCCUGGAGUCGGAGGACGGUAUCGAAAACAUUGCUGGAGACAGUCGUUUCCAAGCGUGUCUUAAACAUAUAGCAAACUGCCCAUCCUACGACGCAUCGAAUCUGCCCGGCCUCACACUGAUCAACUUUUCAAUUCUUGGGUACAUGGGUCUCGACAACCGUGGUAUUGGACUACAACUCGAAGUCGCCGAGUACAAUCUUUUGGAUGGAACGCCAUUCGUGUAUCGGAGAUGUGGACUCAGUGCGCUGCCCCCGGUACGUGUCACGACAGCCUUGACUUCUUGGACUGGCGACGAAGCACAUCUCCGCACCAUCACUGAAUGGAUACAAACAUGCGAGAAAACACAUUAUACUUGUCAUCAGGAGAAGCUCAGGAGGACUGGUACGUUCGUACCGACCAGACUCAUCGAUGUCUCAACCGCCGAUCUACCGCACCUUACAACCGCAGCCAGACUUCCCGACAAGAAGGACCGUAGAUACAUCACUUUGAGUCACAGAUGGCAGAACGAAGACAUGCCUAAGCUUCUGACUUCGAAUCUGGACGAGCUGCUUGAAGGCAUCAAACCGAAUAGAUUACCGGCAGUAUUUCUAGACGCUAUUGACUUGUGUCGAAGACUAGGUGUAUCCUUCAUAUGGAUCGAUGCACUUUGCCUCAUCCAGGAUGACCCCACGGACUGUGACCAGGAGAUAUCGUCCAUGGGGGAGAUAUACGCUAAUGCAUUUAUGCACGUGGGAGCGACAAGGGCCUCUAAUAUACCUGGAACAGGACUGUAUACAGAAUCGAACUCAAUGGGCCUCGCAUCAUUCUACAUGGACUUUCAAUGGGGCCCACUGAGGUUCCCUCGUAUUGUUCACGAAGUCACUGCGGUAGAACGUAUCAACCAAUCAGUACUAAUGUCGCGCGGUUGGGUUUUCCAGGAACGACUUUUAAGCCCCAAGUCUAUUUACUUUGACGAUCUGCUUGGAUGGGAGUGCACACAACUAGUCACCACCGAGUUACAUCCGGAGGGCGCACCGAAUCUUACUGUGCGAACUGGUUGGGGCCAUGACUUGCCGUUCAAACUAUCUAGUCUUCUCGGGCGACUGAAUACCCUGGACAAAGGUAAAGAAACAGUUGAUUAUCACAUGAGAUGGCUAGCUCUUGCGCAAUGGUUUUCGGGUUGCAAGUUCACAUACGACGAAGACGUACUGCCCGCCAUAUCGGGGUUAGCAAGAGCAUUCGAGGCGAAAUUGCAAGAUCGGUACGUGGGUGGUAUCUGGUACAGGGAUCUUGUCCGAAGUCUACUUUGGGCACAGCCUUUGGCGUGGAAUAUCGAUCAAGCAGUGUUGCUUCAAAAAGGCCGCGGAGGUUCGUAA